GGCGUCGUCAUUUCCUGUGCGUGUCUCCGUGGUGAGGGAGAUGGAAGCCCUGUUGCGUAUGCGGCCCAUUUCCCAUGAGGGCUCAGUAUAUAGGUCCAUGGGUGUGCUCCCUUAAUCUCUUUUGCAUCCAUUCCUCAUUCCACCUCUUCCAUCACCUUACAAGUACGCGUUCCCUUUACUCCCAUCCAAAUGAAACUGCAAUCCCUUCUCCUGAUCUCCUUGGCCUCAGUUGCCGUCGCUGCCCCCUCCUGGUGGGAGCAAUGGACCAUCAAGAAGCACGAGUCCGUGAUUGUCGCUGACGACGACAUGCGUCUUGUCCAGGUCGCGGAGAACGAGGCCCCCUUCUAUACCUCGGAGAAGGAGCGCAUGGAGAUGCUCCGUAGCAACAUCCACUACAUGGACAUCACCGAUAACACUGACCUUGGCACCUACCGUGCCAAGUCCCUUGGCAAGAAGCCCCUCCCAUCGGCUGCUGUUCACCAGAACAAGGUCGCUCGCUACGUUGACCAGCUGUCGACAGCCAACAUGGAAGUCGCCCUGACCGAAUUUACAAAGUUCCACACCCGCUACUACAAGAGCGAGACCGGCCACCAGUCCGCUCAAUGGCUCUACAAGCAGAUCAGCGAUCUCAUCGAGGAGACCGACGCAGAAUCGGAUGUCAGCAUCCGCAAGUUCGAGCACGACAACUGGAAGCAGUUCUCUAUCAUUGCUCGCUUCGAGGGCAAGAACGAGUCGCUGACGAACGAGCCAGUGAUUGUGGGUGCCCACCAGGACUCUGUCAACAUGUGGUUGCCCCAGUUGCGCUCUCCUGGCGCUGAUGAUGAUGGCUCCGGUACCGUCACGAUCUUGGAGGUCUUCCGCGCCCUCGUCAACACUGGAUUCCGUCCCCAUCGUCCCGUGGAGUUCCACUGGUACUCGGCUGAGGAGGCCGGUCUUUUGGGAUCCCAGGCUGUUGCAAAGAGCUAUGAGAAGAAGGGAGUUGAUGUCAUUGCUAUGAUCCAGAACGAUAUGACUGGAUACGUUGGCACCAAGUUUGCAGAGUCAUAUGGUAUUGUUGUCGACUAUGUUGAUGAAGAUUUGACCGAGUUGGUUCGCGUCUAUGCUAGGGAGUACGGCGAUAUCCCUGUCCGUGAGACCAAGUGCGGUUAUGCCUGCUCCGAUCACGCUUCUUGGGCUAAGGCUGGUUACCGCUCCGCCUUUGCCAUCGAGGGCGACUUCUCCGACAGCAGCCCUUACAUUCACACUGCUAACGAUGAUGUCUCCCACAUCAGCUUCGAUCAUAUGAAGCAGUUCGCCAAGCUGGCCCUUGGUUUUGCUGUUGAGCUCGGUUAUUAUAAGGGCGAUAAGUAGUUCUAAGCGAACUCGACGUGUUUAUUUUUGAUCUCCUUCCUGGGCUUUCGUCUUUGAGAACAGGCAGUAUCUACCCUAUUUAUUACUUGAACUAUGAGGCAUUGCC